AAGUGAAGAAAUAGUUUCCCUCACGUGCGGUUGCGACAGGGGGUGUAAGGUGGCUCCGCCCGUAUGCACACAUAACCAAGCAGCCUGUACGCGCCCAAUUCGGAACGUGAAAACCCACGCACUCCCCAAUACACCACCACUGCCUCAGCGCCAAACCCAAUUCUCAGUUAUUCCUUUUGCCGCUCUCUCUCUCUCUCUCUCUCUCCCACAGAAAUUAACCACACCACACCAAACCCUUUUCUCCUCCCCUUUUCCCCUAAUUUUUCAAAAUCAAAAUCAAAAUCAAAUUUUUUUCCCUUUUCAUCCCGAAAUUUUCACACUCCUCACUCAAUCUCGUAAAAUUGUUACCGAAUCGGGGAUUUCGUGUCGAAAUGGGGCAGCCUUCGUUGCCGCCUCCACCGAUUGCCCCUCUUCCGCCUCCACCGAUUGCCCCUCUUCCGCCACCUGCUCAAGUUGGAGCCGUCGCCGGCGGCGGAUGCCAGGUCCGCUGCGCCGGUUGCAAGAUGGUGCUGACGGUGAUGCCUGGGUUGACCGAGUUCGUGUGCCCGACGUGCCAGCUGCCUCAGAUGCUACCGCCCGAACUCAUGCCGUCUACGCAGGCCCAGGCCCACGCCCAGGCCCAACAAAGGAAUGCCCCGGCCCAUGGCAUUGACCCGACUAAGAUCCAGCUGCCAUGCGCCAACUGCAAAGCCAUACUCAACGUCCCCCAUGGAUUAUCGCGCUUCAAUUGCCCACAGUGCCACAUUAAUCUAGCCGUUGAUCUCUCCAAGAUUGCGCAAGUUUUGCCACCAAUCCGCCCUCCCCCGCCCCCUGAAGAUGUCAAUGAGGCGGCAAUUGAAGUCCAGCGGGAAGAAGAUGAAGGUGGCUUGGCUGGGGAAACAUUUAUGGAUUAUCGACCUCCUAAACUCUCCAUUGGUCCCCCCCAUCCAGAUCCCAUUGUGGAGACAUCAUCCUUAUCUGCUGUACAGCCUCCUGAACCUACUUAUAAUCUCGUGAUUAAGGAUGACUUAGAAAGUUCGAAGGCAUUGUCAUGCUUGCAGAUUGAAACGCUGGUCUAUGCUUGUCAGAGGCAUCUUCAGCACCUUCCUAGUGGUGCCAGAGCUGGAUUUUUUCUUGGAGAUGGUGCUGGUGUGGGUAAAGGAAGGACAAUUGCGGGGUUAAUAUGGGAGAAUUGGCACAAUGGGAGAAGGAAAGCCGUGUGGAUUUCUGUUGGUUCAGACUUGAAAUUUGAUGCUAGAAGAGACUUAGAUGAUGUUGGUGCUUCAUGUAUAGAAGUGCACGCCUUGAACAAACUUCCUUACUCCAAGCUUGAUUCAAAAUCUGUUGGCAUCAAGGAGGGAGUUGUGUUCUUGACUUAUAGUAGUCUCAUUGCAUCUUCUGAGAGAGGCCGCUCUCGUUUGCAGCAGCUUGUGCAAUGGUGUGGACAGUCUGAUAGCCUAAUUGUAUUUGAUGAGUGCCACAAAGCAAAAAAUCUGGUUCCUGAGGCAGGAGGUCAGCCAACAAAGACAGGCGAAGCUGUUCUGGAUAUUCAGGCCAGGCUUCCUGAAGCUCGCAUCAUUUACUGCUCAGCAACUGGUGCUUCUGAACCACGCAAUCUGGGUUACAUGGUUCGCCUUGGUCUUUGGGGAGCCGGAACAUCUUUUUCUAGCUUCCGUGAAUUUUUAGUUGCGCUGGAGAAAGGGGGUGUUGGGGCUCUGGAACUUGUUGCAAUGGAUAUGAAAGCCAGGGGGAUGUAUGUCUGUCGCACUCUUAGCUACAAAGGUGCAGAGUUUGAAGUUGUUGAAGUUCCUCUGGAAGCCAAAAUGACGGAUAUGUAUGCGAAAGCAGCGGAAUUUUGGGCUGAGUUAAGAGUGGAAUUAAUAUCAGCUAGUACAUUUCUAGCCGAUGAGAAGCCUACUUCAAGUCAAGUGUGGAGACUGUACUGGGCAAGCCAUCAGCGAUUCUUUAGACACAUCUGCAUGUCCGCUAAAGUUCCUGCAGUGGUUAGACUUUCUAAACAAGCAUUGGGGGAUAACAAGUGUGUGGUCGUAGGCCUACAGAGUACUGGAGAGGCACGAACUGAGGAAGCUGUGACAAAAUAUGGUGUGGAGCUUGAUGAUUUUAUCUCUGGGCCGCGUGAGUUAUUGCUGAAAUUUGUUGAGGAAAAUUAUCCCCUCCCAGAUAAGCCUGAACCACUCCCUGAGGAGAGUGUAAAAGAGCUUCAGAGAAAGAGGCACUCAGCUACACCUGACGUUUCAUUUGCGGGGAGAGUAAGGAAAGUUGCUAAGCGAGGUGCUGAAAGCGAAGAAGAAAGCGAAGAAGAAACCGAAUGGCAAUCUGAAACUGAUACCGAACCUGAAACUGAAUCUGAUGAUGAGUUUCAGAUCUGCAACACUUGCAAUUUAGAAGCGGAAAGAAAGAAGUUACUUCAGUGUUCCUGCUGCAGCCAGCUUGUUCAUCCCGCAUGUGUGGUCCCACCAGUUGUAGAAGUAAUAAUUGGGGAUUGGUCUUGUCACUCGUGCAACGAAAAGACAGAGGAAUAUCUCCGGGCUAGAAAAACCUAUUAUGAGGAAUUGCUGAAGAGAUACGAAAGUGCCUUGGAACGUAAGUUGAAAAUUCUGGAAAUAAUACGUGCAUUGGAUCUUCCAAACAAUCCAUUGGAUGAUAUUAUUGAUCAGCUUGGUGGUCCUGAUAAUGUAGCAGAAAUAACAGGGAGGAAAGGCAUGCUUGUCCGGGCUCCUGGAGGAAAAGGUGUUACUUAUCAGGCACGGAACACGAAGGAGGUGACCAUGGAAAUGGUAAAUAUGCACGAAAAACAGCUUUUCAUGGAUGGUAAAAAGCUAGUAGCUAUCAUUUCUGAGGCUGGGUCCGCUGGUGUUUCUCUGCAAGCAGAUAGAAGAGCAGUCAAUCAGAAAAGAAGAGUUCAUUUAACUCUAGAACUACCUUGGAGCGCAGACAGAGCAAUUCAACAGUUUGGAAGAACUCACCGUUCAAAUCAAGCUUCAGCACCAGAGUACAGGUUGCUUUUCACAAAUCUUGGUGGUGAACGCCGGUUUGCAUCUAUUGUUGCCAAGAGACUUGAAUCUCUUGGAGCAUUAACACAAGGAGACCGAAGGGCUGGGCCAUCUCUUAGUGCUUAUAAUUAUGAUAGUGCAUAUGGGAAGAAGGCCUUGAUGAUGUUGUAUAGGGGAAUCAUGGAACAGGAACCUUUGCCCAUUGUUCCACCAGGAUGUUCACCGGAAAAACCGGAAACAGUACAAGAAUUCAUUCUGAAGGGAAAAGCUGCGCUUGUGUCUGUAGGGAUAAUUAGAGAUUCGGUUUACGGUAACGGGAAAGAAUCCGGAAAGAUUUCUGGGCGUAUAGUUGAUUCAGACAUGCAUGACGUUGGGCGUUUCCUCAACCGACUUUUAGGGCUCCCUCCUGAUAUUCAAAAUAGGCUGUUUGAGUUAUUUACUGGUAUCCUUGAUCUUAUUCUCCAAAAUGCGCGCGUUGAAGGGCAUUUAGAUUCUGGUAUUGUUGACAUAAAAGCUAACACCAUUGAGCUGCAAGGGUCACCAAAGACUGUUCAUGUUGACAGUAUGUCUGGAGCAUCUACUGUGUUGUUUACUUUCACGUUGGAUCGAGGAAUGAAAUGGGAGUCUGCUUCUACAUUGCUUGAGGAGAAGCAAAAGGACGAGUCUGGGUCAAACAAUGGUUUCUAUGAAUCAAGGAGAGAAUGGAUGGGAAAGCGACACUUUAUAUUAGCAUUUGAGAGUACUGUUUCUGGAAUGUACAAAAUAUACCGUCCGACCUUAGGGGAGUCUAUCAGGGAGAUGACUCUAGCAGAAUUAAAAGACAAAUACAGAAAACUUUCAUCGAUGGAGAGGGCUCGUGAUGGCUGGGAAGAUGAAUAUGAUGUUUCGUCCAAGCAGUGCAUGCAUGGUCCGAAGUGUAAACUGGGAAACUUCUGCACUACCGGGAGAAGGCUACAGGAAGUGAAUGUAUUGGGUGGUCUCAUUCUUCCUGUCUGGGGAACUAUUGAAAAAGCACUUUCCAAGCAGGUACGCCAGAGCCAUAAAAGGACUCGGGUUGUGCGUAUAGAAACAACCUCAGACAGUCAACGAAUUGUUGGUUUACUCAUCCCAAAUGCAGCAGUGGAAUCUGUGCUUCAAGAUCUGGCCUGGGUUCAGGAUAUUGAAGACGAGUGAUAGAAAAAACAAAAACUGAAGGUUUUUUUGCUAUUUAUAUUAGUAUUGGUCUCCAGCAGCUUUUUCAUUUAUGCCGCCAAGGAAUUUCUGACUUGCAUCGGCGGCAGCAGCGAAGUGAUUGCUUGCAGUGAAAGAUAUACAUAAUAGGGUCAUUUUUUGAGAUUUUUAUGAUCCAACUGUUUCAACAAGAUAGCAGCAGCUAUGUUUAUAUUAUUAUAUUUAUUAUUUUUGCCUACCAUUCCUAGGCGAAUGCAGAUUUGUGUUUCUUUUUUUGUAUAUCAUAUGCAUUAUUGUAAUAGGUACAAACAUAUUUGAAAAACGAAACACACAUCGGACAACCCUUUUGCCGAAUUCCACUCAAAAAAAUCGAUAUGUUAAUUAAUAUUCCAGUUCGGUCCGAAAAUAUAAAUAUUUAUUGUACACAUUCAUUCAAUAAACUGAAUGUAGAAAAAAAAAAAAAAAAAAAA